UUUUUGAUAGUCCGUUGUAUAAAAAAAGCAAAAUAAAGUGGGGAAAAAAAUACGAACUUUCUAAAAUGAGUAAAUCAGGAGAUGGGUGACUGGCAGAGGGAGUCACGGGAAAUGCAGUUCUCUGUGUCAAUGGGAGGAGGCAGAAUACAGUCUGGAUCAGUGUUUGCAAUGCAUGUGUGUUGUUGUGGAGAUGUGACCGAACCUUGAACCGUUUUCUCUUCCAAGCGAACAAGGAGUUUUUUGGGGUUGUUGUUGUUUUUUCACGAUCAAAGCCAAAACUCCAGACGAGACGACGGUUGGAACACGUUCGAAAAUGCGAAGGGGAAUCCAGGAAAAGACCGCGUUGCCAUUAAAAAUUGCGAGCGGGAGAGCAGCCACGAAUCUCCCUGUACCUUCGUAACACUUGUGGCAUCGCAGAGGAGAGACUUUGACACCAACUUGGCUGCCAAGCUUUACCGAAUGGGGUGAAUUGAAUCUACGUUUUUUUUACAAACCAGUCCCAGGCAUUUGUAGAGGUACCAAAAAAAAAAAAAAAAAAAAAAAAAAAACGGAAGGGAAGGGGAGGUGAAGAGCGGCAAAGAAAACGCCCUGCUGCCACAGCCUGUUACCGUUAUCUCCAAAUUCAAACUUUAUCGUCGACUUCAAAAUGCAUCUCCCACUUAACGGGAGAUGAGAUGGAAUUUGGAACGUCGUGUCUGUUUUUUUUUUUUUUUUUUUUUUUUUUUUUCAAAGACUAACGUCUCGCGUGUUGUUGAAUUAAGGUUUGCCAGAGUUGUAGCAAGUCUCAUUGCUGUUGAAAUAUUUUCCCUCCUCGUUGUUGCACACUAUUCCUGUUAGAGACGAUCUGGGUGGGCUGGGAGCCCCAAGGGUGCCCCGCUAGGCUCGAAGUACCAAGUUUCACAUGUAAACCCAAGGACUUUGGGACAAAAAAAGGCUUUCCUUCUCGUUACUUGUCGAGCGACGCCGCAGACAUGUCUCAAGGCGCGGAGAGGAGGAUGGAAAGCCGGUUGAAGAAGUUGGAGGAUAUGAUGAGAAACCCCAGGUCUGCGUUAAACCUGGAAAGUUUGCUGGACUCCUUAAAUGCAGUGGUCUUAGAUUUGGACUACCCUGCACUUCGCAAGAACAAAAAUAUUGAAACUUUUUUAAAUAGAUAUGAAAAUGUCAUAAAACAAGCCAGAGACCUCCAGAUGACAUCAGAUGAUUUUGAUAGAGUUAAAGUGAUUGGUCGAGGAGCUUUUGGUGAGGUUCAACUGGUCAGGCAUAAAGCCUCUCAAAAAGUCUACGCCAUGAAGCUUCUUAGCAAGUUUGAGAUGAUCAAACGCUCAGACUCUGCCUUCUUCUGGGAAGAAAGAGACAUCAUGGCCUUUGCCAACAGUCCAUGGGUGGUGCAGUUGUGCUGCGCCUUCCAAGAUGAGCACUACCUCUACAUGGUGAUGGAGUACAUGCCAGGAGGUGACCUGGUUAACCUCACCAGUACUUACGAUGUGCCAGAGAAAUGGGCCAAGUUUUACACCGCAGAGGUGGUUAUGGCACUAGAUGCUAUUCACUCGAUGGGCUUCAUUCACCGUGAUGUCAAGCCAGACAACAUGCUGCUCGACAGACAUGGACACCUGAAGCUUGCAGACUUUGGUACAUGCAUGAAGAUGGACUCAACUGGUAUGGUACAUUGUGAAACAGCGGUUGGAACCCCUGACUACAUUUCUCCUGAAGUGCUGAAAUCUCAGGGAGGCGAUGGCUAUUAUGGUAGAGAAUGUGACUGGUGGUCUGUUGGCGUCUUUAUCUUUGAAAUGCUUGUUGGUGACACGCCAUUUUACGCUGACUCUCUGGUGGGAACCUAUAGCAAGAUCAUGGACCAUAAAAACUCCCUCAACUUUCCAGAUGACGUUGAGAUCUCCAAAGAUGCAAAGAAUAUAAUCUGUUCCUUUUUGACUGACAGGGAAUUGCGAUUGGGACAGAAUGGUGUAGAGGACAUUAAGCGACACCCGUUCUUCAGGAACGACCAGUGGACCUUUGACACAAUCAGAGAGACCGUUGCACCUGUGGUCCCAGAGCUGAGCAGUGACAUUGACACCAGUAACUUUGAUGAGAUUGAAGAUGAUAAAGGUGACGUAGAGACGUUCCCGACACCUAAAGCGUUUGUUGGAAACCAGCUCCCCUUUGUAGGCUUUACCUACUUUAAAGAAGACCAGUUACUAAAUGCUUCUAACAACUCCUCAUAUCCCAAUGAAAAUUCAAAGGGAGAGUCUGUAGCACUGCAGAAGAAGCUUCACCACUUGGAAGUGCAGCUGAAUAAUGAGAAGCAAGCUAAAGAUGAUCUGGAGCACAAAUUUAGAGCUUCCACAAGUCGUCUGGACAAAGUCUCGAAAGAACUUGAAGAUGAGGUGGCUAGCAGGAAGAAUUUGGAGUCAAGCAUGAGGCAGCUAGAAAGGGAGAAGGCACUUCUGCAGCACAAGAGCCUGGAGAGCCACCGCAAGGCUGAGAGCGAAGCAGACAGGAAACGCUGUCUUGAAAAUGAAGUCAACAACCUCCGUGAUCAGCUUGAUGAUCUAAAAAGAAGAAAUCAGAAUUCACACAUUUCCAAUGAAAAGAACAUACAUCUGCAAAAACAGCUGGAAGAAGCCAACAUAUUGCUGCGGGCUGAAUCUGAGUCUGCAAUGAGGCUCCGUAAAACCCAGACAGAGAACAGCAAACAACUGCAACAGCUGGAGGUGAACACACGAGAGCUGCAGGACAAAUGCUGUCUGUUGGAACGCAGCAAGUUAAGCCUAGAGAAGGAAUGCAUCAGCCUGCAGGCCGCCCUGGAGACAGAACGCAGGGAGCAUAGCCAGGGCUCAGAGACCAUCAGUGACUUGAUGGGGCGCAUAUCUGGCCUUGAAGGGGAGGUGCAGCAGCAGAAACGAGCUCUCUCCAAAAUGGAGAUUGAGAAGAGGCAUCUUCAAGAGAAGCUCACUGACUUGGAAAAGGAAAAGAGCAACAAAGAGAUUGAUUUCACCUACAAGCUGAAGGUGCUGCAGCAAGGGCUGGAGCAGGAAGAGAGCUCCCACAAAGCUACCAGGGCUCUGUUGGCAGACAAGAACAAGAUAAAAGUAACCAUUGAAGGUGCAAAAUCGGAGUCUAUGAAGGAAAUAGAGCAGAAGCUGGCAGAGGAACGAGCAGUCAAGCUCCGCCUGGAGAACAGAAUACUUGAACAGGAAAAGCACAAUAGCAUGAUGGACUGUGACUAUAAACAAGCUCUUCAGAAGCUGGAUGAGCUGCGCAGACACAAAGACCACCUCACAGAGGAGGUGAAGAAUCUAACACUGAAGAUUGAACAGGAGACCCAGAAACGUAACCUAACUCAAAAUGAUUUGAAGGCUCAGAAUCAACAGUUAAAUUCUUUGCGAACGUCCGAAAAGCAGCUCAAACAAGAAACAAAUCACCUACUGGACAUUAAAUGCAGCUUGGAAAAGCAGAACCACGAGCUGCGCAAAGAAAGACAAGAUGCAGACGGGCAAAUGAAGGAACUACAAGACCAAUUAGAAGCAGAACAGUAUUUUUCUACUUUGUAUAAAACCCAGGUUCGUGAACUAAAAGAGGAAUGUGAGGAGAGGAACAAACUCUUCAAAGACGUACAGCAAUCUCUUCAGGAACUACAGGAGGAGAGAGAUUCUCUGGCUGCCCAGCUGGAAAUCACCCUUACUAAAGCUGACUCAGAGCAGCUAGCUCGCUCAAUUGCUGAGGAGCAAUACUCUGAUCUGGAGAAGGAAAAAAUCAUGAAGGAGCUGGAGCUAAAGGAGAUGAUGGCCCGCCAUCGACAAGAAUUGUCAGAGAAGGACAUCACCAUCAAUUCGUUGGAAGAAGCCAAUAGAACCCUCACCAGUGAUGUUGCCAACCUGGCCAAUGAGAAGGAGGAGCUCAACAAUAAAAUGAAGGAAGCCCUUGAAGAAACAGAGAAGUCCAAGGAUUGGGAGCAGCAGAUCAUCCAGAUGAAACACACAUUUGAGAAGCAGCUGCAGUCAGAGAGGACCCUGAAAACUCAGGCCGUCAAUAAACUGGCAGAGAUUCUGAACAGAAAGGAGAUACGUGGUGGAAGUAGUCGCCGUGGCAAUGACACGGAUAUGCGCCGCAAGGAGAAGGAGAACAGAAAGCUGCAGUUGGAGCUGAGAUCGGAAAAAGAAAAGCUCAACAGUACCAUAAUCAAAUAUCAGCGAGAGAUCAAUGAAAUGCAGGCGCAAUUGGCAGAUGAGAGUCAGAUGCGCAUUGAGCUCCAAAUGGCGCUGGACAGUAAAGACAGUGACAUUGAGCAGCUUAGGAAUCUCCUCCAGUCACUCACUGUUCAGUCAAUGGACUCUGCCAGCAUCAGUAGUGGACCGGAUUUUGAUGCAGAUGAUGCCUUUACAGAAACAAGGCUUGAAGGGUGGCUUUCCCUCCCUGUGCGUAGCAACACUAAGAAGUUUGGAUGGGAAAAAAAGUAUGUUGUUGUGAGCAGCAAGAAGAUUCUCUUCUAUAAGAGCGAACAAGACAAAGAGCAGUCCAUUCCUUAUAUGGUGCUUGAUAUAGACAAACUCUUCCAUGUGAGGCCUGUCACUCAAACAGAUGUGUACCGAGCUGAUGUCAAGGACAUUCCAAGAAUAUUCCAGAUUCUUUAUGCCAAUGAAGGUGAGAGCAAAAAGGAGCCUGAAUUUCCUGUCGAGCCUCUGCCAAUUGGUGAAAAGUCCACCUACAUCUGUCACAAAGGCCAUGAGUUCAUCCCCACGCUUUACCACUUCCCCACUAACUGUGAGGCAUGCACCAAACCACUUUGGAACAUGUUCAAGCCUCCACCUGCUUUGGAAUGCCGGCGCUGCCACAUUAAGUGCCACAAGGAUCAUAUGGACAAAAAGGAAGAGAUCAUCGCUCCUUGCAAAGUGAACUAUGACGUGUCUACGGCCAAGAAUCUGCUGCUGCUCGCCAUGUCUCAGGAGGAGCAACAGAAGUGGGUGAGCCGUCUGGUCAAGAAGAUUCCCAAGAAGCCACCACCACCUGAGAACUUUGCACGCUCCUCACCACGCGCAUCCAUGAAAGUCCAGUCCACUCAGUCCAUUAGGAGAACCAGUCGACAGCUCCCCACCAGCAAGAGCAGCUAACCUUGUGCGGGAGGAGUGGGUUCAUCUUGAAGACAUCCCCCCUUAUAAAAUGAAGACUGUAUUACAAAGCUCUGUUGGCCAAUCAGCACACUGAAGUUCAACUCUCCACAAGCCGCCCUUCUGCUUCACGCCAGGCAUGACUUCCAGCUGCUCAUCUAGUUCAUGUUCCUGUAAUCAACUCGGGAACACUUGACGUGAACAUUGAAGCACGUCUCGGGAUUCUCGGCUCCCACAGAACAAGAUGAGAUGCACAUACCUCAAUACUUAAUUGAAGGACCCUCAUCUCCUCCUCUUCUUCAUUGUGGAUCAUGGCCAAAAUACUUUGUGUGUUAUUGUGAAUAGAAUUAAGGGUUUAUGUGGAAAAACUACAAACAAAAGAUCAUAAAUCCUGUAAUUUAAGCGCCGUUACCAUUCGUUGUAGCUUUCAACUGUGACCACAUUGGUCACUUAACUUGAAUAAGCGACUUUAGCAAAAGUGCCACCAAAGUCCCGCUUGUUGCGAUCCUGUCGGUCCUAAACAAAAAGAAAUCCACUUUGAAUGCCGGCUCCCGUUAAUCCCGCCGUACUGCACUGUCAGUUCAGAGUUGUUGUUUACUGAAUUGAAGGGAUUUACCUUCAUUGCUUUCCUGAUCCAGGCGCAGUUGUUUGAAUGUAAAAGCUGAAAUGCACCAGAGACAAGACGCAAGCAUUGUAUUCCUUGGAUCCAAACUUACUUGAUUGAAGCGCUUUGUCAAUCACAAAGCCACUGAAUGACCUUGCAUGUCCACUUGUUAUCACACGCGUACACACUGUGACACAUUUAGACGUGUCAUUCACAGAUAUGAAAGUGAGGGAAGUAUACCAAUAACCAGAGUUAGAGUCGACUCAACUCACUGAGUGACACUAUUUUAUUCAAAGUUUUUCUUCAAAGGUGUUUGGUAUGGUAUUUUUGUAUUCAAGGUAACCAGACGCUAGAGUUUGGGCACAUUGUUCUGUGUGGAUCUGGCUUUUAAAGCAAGUGGAGAGACAGGUUUUUUUGUUGUUGUUUUUGUCUUUUUGUGUGUGUGGGUGCGCGCUCCUUUAACCAUCAAGCAUGUUUUAUACAUAUAAAUAAAUAUACACGGUAAUAAUGUACACAGUAUAUAGUUUACAUGCGAUACAGUGCACAUAUUAUUUAUACAGAUGUGUCCACUUUGUAUUUAAGGGCUUUACAUUCAGACUGCAUGUUGGCUACCAAACAGUUCUCUAUAAUAACCACAAUUCAACAAUAAAGAUGUGGAUGUGC